GGCCGCUGUGCGGGCCGGUCGCUCGCUAUCCUUGUCUGAGGUGAUGAUGGUGAGUGUUGCGUGAGACGAGCACCGCAGUCUGACCCUAGCGGCUUACCUUCUCACACUUGAUACAGGCUCCAGGGAUACUUAUCAUGUUUGUCUGCGGUGAGCGGCGGCUGCGGUACACUUGCUCAGUCACUCUCCCAAGUUCCUAAACGCCCCUCAAGUACACUCACGAGAACGCGAUGAGCCCGCGAAGAUCUAAUGAUGAAAACUGAGUUGUUAAAAAUUCUGAAAAAUUUGCUUGGACAGUGAUUAGGAGAGUUUGCGCCUCACUAAGGUGGUAAGGAACUGAAGGGUGAGGUGAGGUGUUGGAGAGCCUCACCAUGAGGAGGGAGAAAAAGAGAGGGGCGGCUGCCUCUCCCACCACUGCCUCCAACUCUCCCAGCAAUAGUCCCAGACAAGGUGCAGCUACUAUGAGCGUGGGCGGGUACGAUGGCAAGAUUGCUGGCCUGUAUGACUUGGAGGAGACGCUGGGACGUGGCCACUAUGCCGUCGUCAAGCUGGCCAGACACGUCUUCACCGGAGAGAAGGUGGCCGUCAAGGUGAUAGACAAGAUGAAGCUGGACGAGGUGUCGCGGGCUCACCUGUUCCAGGAGGUGCGCUGCAUGAAGCUCGUGCAACACCCCAACGUUGUCAGACUCUACGAGGUGAUCGACACUCAAACCAAACUCUACCUCAUCCUAGAGUGGGCCGACGGUGGUGACAUGUACGACUACAUCAUGAAGCAUGAGAAGGGGCUGGACGAGGGUGCAGCAUGCAAGUACUUCCGCCAGAUCGUGCAUGCCAUUAGCUUCUGCCACAAGCUGCACGUCGUCCACCGUGACCUGAAGCCAGAGAACGUGGUGUUCUUUGAGAAGCUGGGUAUGGUGAAACUUACCGACUUUGGCUUCAGCAACAAGUUCUGCCCCGGCCAGAAGCUGGAGACCUCCUGUGGCUCCCUGGCCUACUCUGCCCCGGAGAUCCUACUCGGAGACUCCUACGAUGCUCCAGCAGUUGACAUAUGGUCACUAGGCGUGAUCCUGUACAUGUUGGUGUGCGGUCAUGCGCCCUUCCAGGAGGCAAACGACAGCGAGACCCUCACCAUGAUCAUGGACUGCAAGUACACCAUCCCUGACUAUGUCUCCCAGCCCUGCAGAAACUUAAUAGCUCGAAUGUUAAUCCGGGACCCAGGGAAACGCUCCACUCUAGAGGACAUAGCAAGUGACCCAUGGCUGCAAGAAGGCUGGACUGUGGAUCCAGCAGAGGUUUUGCCUCUAGUGUCCAGACAACACCUUACAGAGGAAGACCAUGCUCACAUCAUACACAAGAUGGUUUCUGGGAACAUAGCAUCAAUGGAAGAGAUACUUGACAAAGUCCCCAAGAUAGAUUGGAAAAACUCCACUCUUGGACUAGACAGGAAUGAGUACAAUCACAUCACGGCAACAUAUUUUCUGUUAGCGGAACGCAAGCUUCGAGCACACCGCCUUCAACAAGCUGACUUGGCCAAGAAUCCUGCCACUAGCCCUGUGAUAUCUGUCAGAAAAUCUGGAGGUAGUUUGGAUGAGAACGCAAUACAAAACACUGCAGACACAUCAAGGUUCAUCCAGGGGCCCCAACUUUUUAAAGAUGAUAUGGCUAAUGGUAUUCUACACAACAAAUUGUCAGAGGUUCGAACUGGAGGACGUAUGAGAACUUUUAGUAUCUUGGAAGAGGAAGAGGAGGAAGAGCCACGAGAUGAGAUAGAUGAGAAAAAGGAGGAGGAAGAUACAUUAGAUAAAGGACAGAGGUCUAGAAGUGGCUCUCGCAGUGGCUCCCGCAGUGGAUCUCGCAGUGGAUCUCGAAGUGGUUCUAGAAGAGGGUCUAGAGCAUCUAGUAGCUCUUCCCUUAAGGACAAAUGUGUAAGAGACAUGAAGUUAGACUUAUCACUUCUUCAUCGCCUUGAAUGUGUUCGACGGGGCAGUGGCUCACAUCAAGGCUCUCUACAAGGCUCAGCUGCCACAUCACCUUCUGGUGAUGAUCCCCCUUUACCAGAACCCCCAUUUCCUCCCUCUUCAAAUAUUGGACUUGGACGAGGGAGAGCCAAGAGUGCUGGAACUUCUCCAGCCACAACUCCUCCAAGCAGUUUAGUACCACCCACUUCGAAUAUAAAUAAUAAUAAUAACAACAACAAUAAUAAUAAUAACAAUAAUAAUCUUUCCACACUUCCCCAACAAGGCCCCACUUUACCGCCUCCUAGAAUUACCCCUCAGUCCUCCGUAUCCUCAUCUCCAACAUCACAAGCAUCCUCUCCUACUUCUCCAGGACCACAACAACUACCAUCAUCACCAAAGAAUCAGGGUUCUUUCUUCAACCACAAAUUCAAAACGCUACCUUCACCUAAUCGGAGACUUCAUUCUGUUAGAUCAUCACCACAGUUAAUGCUUAAUGAAAUAUUUGAAGAAGGGGAAUCGGAUGGGGAAGGCAGUAGUGGAAACAGUCGUGUAGCUAGCACAACUUCUGGGAACAGUUUAGGGGGUGCAGUUGCUUCUCCAGUUAUCAUGCGUAGACAUCGCCUUGUUAGAGCGCGAACUGCAUCAUGUAGUUCUUCAGAUGCCUCUGAUGAUGAUCAGGAUGCACGAAAAAGGCGGCAGCAACGUGCACUCACAAGGCACCUUACUCGGGACUCCCAAGAGGAAUCGUGUGAUUUGCAGGAAGUAAACAGUGAAGCAAUGGAUGAAAGACGAGAUAAUGAUGCAACAGGGGAAGAACUUAAUAAUCAAACACUUGUUCCGCCUUCACUUGAUUGCAAUGGUAGUUUACAAGGGCAAGGCAGUGCUCGUGGAAAUAGGCCCCUGUCUGCUGCUUGUGAUGAUGAACGUAAGAAUGGAGCUUUGAAGGAGGAAGCUGGUAGCACAGAAAACAUGUUAGAUAUAGAUACAACAUUACGAGAAAGUCGCUCUUUAAACUGUAUUGUUAUGGCUAGUGGGGAACAGGAAGAACUUCCUUUGUGUAGUGUAUCGGAAGCAUCACUUCUUGACCAGUGUUCAUCUAGUAAUAUAACUGUAUCCACAGACAAUGUUACUACAAUAUAUAUUGAAAAUAGACCAUCUGUUGAAACAGGAAAUAAUAGAAGGCCUGUGCAACCUGGAAAUUUAACUGGUGAUCGUGUGGUAAUUCGUGUAACCGAUGAUAAUGGACAGUGCCAGGACUCCAUAGUAGGAGAUAUAGAUACACCAACUGACACACAGAGUUUUGUCCCAAAGGAGACAGGAUCUCCUCGGGUGAUUGGUGCUAAUGAUGUAGUAGUUGGGCUUGUAGAUUCUCCCCGAUCAGGUCGACCAGUAGGGACUCGACCAGUUUCAGAUUCACAGGUAAUCACUCGUCCACCACACUCCCCAUCUAUGACCAAAUCAGUGUCACAUAUGGAAUCUCUAAGUGCAUGUGGGGAACGCCCCUCUAAUAAGUUUUCUUUGCGGACUAGUGCUACCAAUGGAUCUCUGAUGCCUGGGCGGAACAAUUAUGUUAUGGACAUAAAUCAGAAUGCAGGAGGUCGAAAGAAUCGUUCUGAAAAGUCAAAUGGUGCACUAGCAAUACAUGGGACCUCAAAGUGUUGUAGUCUGUCUUGAGGCACUGGAUACAAUGUAGGAGACAUUAUAAACAAUUAAAAACAAAACAAAAAUCUAGUGCAUUUGUAAUAUGCAUUUUCCCAAAUCCAGUGGUAUAUACUAUAUAAAUAAUGCAAGUUGUUUGCAGGUGUAGACAUUAUUGAGUGUGAUAUAAUGAUGUGUUGUGUACAUAGGAGAGUCAACUAUUUUGAGAUGUAGAUAUGGAUAAAAUUUGUGUCCUCAGCCUGGCAGGUCCCAGGAACAGGUGCAUAAUCACCCUGUUGACUGAUCCACCCACUAACAAGUACUAGCUUUACCCUAGUGUUUUCCUCAGUCUAUUGCUGCUGCAGCACUACUUUGGGCUGGUAUAUCAGUAUCUAUCAACCAAAAUAUCUUUACAAAGUGUAGUGAGUGAGAAUGAAAUGUUGGUGUUGCAUAUAAUGUUAAGUCUUGGAAGUUUACAGGUUAUUUCUUGUGAAAGUGUGCAAGUGCAUAUGCAUGGUGUUGUUUACAGUGUAUAGGUGCAUACCUUACAUACAACCAAAUGUUGGGAUCUCACAAUUAAUAAGAAGCACAGCAAAGAAUCUUAUACAGUCAAUAUUUUUAUAAUAAACUCCUUUGUACAUAAUUUUCAUGUUUGUUCAACUGGUGGCAAUAUUUUUGUGAAGAAAUUUUAGCUCCAUUGCCAUAUAUUGUGGAGCUCUAAAAUGUUUAUUGCAUACAUAAGUUGAACUCCUACUUGUGAUUGUUUAAGUUGUAUUAUCUUUCCUUCUUUCCUUUUCAAGUACUUAUUGUAAUCUUGCCAACCCUAGUCAAGACCUAGUCUUCAUAUACAUGUGGAAGGUUAGAAGUCACAGAAGCUGGUGCAUCUCUUGUCUGUUGGUCAGAUUUAGUGAUGUUAAAACUUAUUACUUUUUAUGGCAGUAUUUCAAUAAUCAUUUCAAUAAUAGAUUUGUACAAAGUACAUGGUGUAAUGUGACCUGGUAACAUAGGGCUAAUGUGUUUCAACCACAUCCAGCCCUGGAAGGAUCAGGAUUUGAAUGACAAAUCAAGUGUUGCAACUCAGCACUUUUCUAUUUAAGCUAUACCUCUUUCAAAUUCCCUCCAUGAAUUGAGUCGUGUGUAAUUCAGUAUUAGUACUGAUCAUCCUAACUUGUUUUUUCCAUUAAAUCAGAAUCUGCCACAUUUUUCAAGUAUCAGCUACUGUACUUUCAUAUGGCAUAUUUCCAUUACAUAAGAAAAAAUAAUAUUGGUAUUUGUGGCUCAUAAUCACUAAUUUCUUCACAAUGUUAAGAAAAAUGCCCCUUAUUAGGUAUAGUUUAAUGUUCUUUGUUAGGUAGUACAGAAUGUGGCUUAAAAAUUGUUAAUUAAUACAUAUAUACAUAUAUAUAUAUAUAUAUAUACAUAUAGGUUUUUUGCUUUAAUUGUUGUAAUACAUGUUAUAGUCAAGCAUUGCAUAUUCAAAAUUCUGCAUAGUCAUAACUGAGGUAUUAUUUAAGUUUACCAUGGGCUAAGUAGUGAGCCAGUUGGCUUGGGUUGUCCAUGGAGGCACUAGUGUGGGGGAAGUAAAGGGGGGUUAUUUUUCUCUUUCUGAGGAUUCCUCUUCUGUAGCUUCUACCUAAUAAUUUGUUACAUUUUCCUCAAAUGCCAUAUAUAAUAUUCACUUUGGUGUAUACCAUACUACUUUCUUAAUAUUUUUUUCUUUUACUUGUAUGUGUCUGUCAUUUCCUGUUUCUUUCCUUGUAUAUUUUUUUUAUUCACACGAUAAAGUAUAUGAUUUCUGUGUUAAUCUAUAUUCUUUUCAUAUAGUUUUGUUCCUCAAAGCAAGCAAGUGGUGGCUGCCUCACUUGUGCAAUAGCAAAACCAACUUGUAGAAAUCUUUGAACACAAGCUUUGAGUGCUUUUUAAAACAUUAUCAUCAUAUGAAGACUCUUUGAAUGUCUGACAAUGAUUCUACAAUUGGCUAUUCCCUCACUCAAGGGAAGAACACAGCAGCAGUGAUAUAAAGAGAUUCUCCAUUCCAUACUACCAGCCCAAGCUUCUAAUCAGAUAAUUGCCUUUGAGAUGUACUGUAAUUGGCGAUUGUCAGUUGUAAAUGGUUUUGUUUCUUAUAUUUCUGACAGUAGAAAAGCGAACUUCUUUAGGACUCCAGACGAUUAUUUGAUAAUGGUUACAUUUUCACACCAUUCAGUAAAACCUUUCUGCCUCUUUAUCUCUGGUAGGAGGCACUUUUAUGUGAUGAAUUUGGCAAGUUUUUGUUGUUAAUAACUUCAGUGCUACACUGAAGCUCUAUUUUUUCUAUACAUACUGUUUACAAAGACAAUGGAAGUUUUAAAAUCUUAUUUUAAAUGCAUACAGGAUGCAACAGUAGCUGUAGAAAAAUAAAAUAAAAUAUUAAUUAACCAACUGGAAUGUAAUGUUUUGUGUGUGUGUGUGUGUGUGUGUGUGUGUGUGUGUGUGUGUGUGUGUGUGUGUGUGUGUGUAUGUGUAUGUGUAUGUGUGUGUAUGUAUGUUAGCAGUGAUAAACAAAAUAGAAUUAUGUAAUUAUUACUGUUGAUAAAAAAAAAUUAAUUAAUCACACUUUUAAUGAAUUACUGUAGAUAACAUAUAAUAGUCUUAAUUUGUUAUAAUGCUUAAAAUAAUUAAGUUUAACAUGUUUGAUCAUAGCCACAUUAUGAUUCUAAGAAAGUUUAUAUCAAUAAAUUCAUAAAAUCUAUGUGCCAGAUAAUAGGUUAUUUAUUUCCCGUGGUCCAUACCACGUUUGUAUGUUUUUAAAUAGCUUUUUGAAUAUGUGACACCUGUAUUUAUAUAUGCAUGGAUGGUAGACCACAUGAUUUUACAAGCUUACUUUUUUAGAAGUGCUUGGUUAUGUUUAGUGCAUGAAAGUUUAUUUAUGAUGUGGAUGAAAUGUUCAAAAUAUGUCAAGAAAACUAAUUCAUGGAAUCAGUCCAGAUACAGUAUUUUGAUGGGUUCAAGGCUUGUUGAUACUGGUUUUGUGGUUAUCAUUGAGAAUAUGUGUAGAUUGCUCAGAUUAUUAUGAAUGUAUUCCUGCAGGUUAAAAAAUUAAGUACAGGUAAACCUAGAUAUAGUGAAUACAGUUCUACUUCACUCUUAUCUCCUUUCCUUAAAAUUUACUUACAAUUAAUUUAUUAUCAGUGAUAAUAUCACAUUUUAAAUCUAAUAAUUUUCAUUUAUAAAGGUUGAAGCCUACUUUCUUUAAUCAGUUUAUACUUUCUUGGCAAGUAGUUAUUUUCAACUAAAUUCCAUGUUGAAGUUCACCAUUAUAUCUAGGUCAUUACUUAUUGCUGCCUCUUGUAGCUGAUGUGGUGUGCCUUUUGUUAGCUCCAGUGUCCAGCAGCAGACAAGUAACCAAGUAAAGCAUCAAGUAUGAACUUGCUUGAGAUGGAUUAGACCAUGAUCCCAUAUAUUCAUUCAUAAAAUUCCUUUGAAACAAAAAUAAGGGAGAAUUUAUUGCUUGGCAUACAAUACCUAUCUAUCCACUAAGAGAUCUCACAAAUAAUAUAAAUAUUAUAUACAGUCUGUGUGUGUGUGCACAUGCGUGAAUACAGUAUAUACAUAUACUACAGACAUUCUUCCUCUUCAAGGGGGGCUCCUUGGCGUGGUGAAGAGGCUCUUGGUCUGAGGAAUUAGACCUAUCGGUCUUCUUCCUCAGACCGAACCUAAUUACCCCCCAAUCUCCCCUCCCCUAUCCCAUCCUCCCCAUCCUCCCCUUUUUCCUUUCCUCCUCCUCCUCCCCACUCCUCCCUUUUGCCCUUCCUCUUUUUGUCCUUUGGGAUUUCUCCCACAGGCGCGCUAGUUCCUAGGUAGGAGAAAGGACACCGGGGUCCAUCCCAUUCCGUUGAGGUUUCUUGGCGGUGGCGUAGUUUGCCGUGGAAUCUGGAUUGCCUAGGGAUGUCC